UCCGCCACCAAGCAUCCCCAGUUAGCUCAGGGACUAGCUUCCAGCUAAGCGCUGCGGUGUCUGUCAUCCCCGAGCAGCGGAAGGCAGCCCGGGUCUGUAGAGACAAAGAGCCCCGCUGAGCCCCGCGUCGCCAUCAUGGACCUGACCGGGACAAGCAGCAGAGCUGACGGGGAGGCGCUGGAGCUGGAGCCCGAGGAGGAGCUCCUGUGCUCGGUCAGCGACAUCACGGAGCACCUGAAGAGGAACAUGGCGGUGGUUCUGGAGGCCGCCCAGGUGGAGAUCCGGAGGGUGGUCGCUGUCCGGAUUCAGGUCCUGAAAAUGGAGCUGCGCGAUAAAAACAGGGAAAUAGAGAAGCUGAAGGCCGAGCUGGAGGCGGCCCAGGCGGAUGGGAGAGACCCGGAGCCCUCCUCAGAACCCGGACCCAUCAAAUUCCCCUUCAGUCCUGGAUCCAAGCAGAGCAGCCUGGAUCCCCGGAGGUCCAAGCCGCUCCUCCCGGAGGUGAAGAGGGAGAACAUCGAUGCCAUCUGCGGCUACCUGAUGAAGGACAAGAACUCCAGGGCUGGAGGGGACAUGGACCCGGAGCUGCUGGGCCAGGAGCAGGACAUCCACUCCCCGAAGCUGUGGUCCGACAGCCGGACGGAGGCUCCCCGGUCUGUACCGGGAGACCCGGACUCCACCUCAGACUACAUGUUCAGCAGCAGGAGGAUGUUCGACUUUGACUGGACCGGACCCGGACCCUUCUCCUCCCAGCUCAGAGACAUGAAGCCGCCUGAAGGUGAAAACUCGCAGAGCGCUGAGCUGGAGGAGGAGGAGGAGGGUGAGGAAGAGCUGUGCAGGAGGGAGGAAGGUGGGGGGAGGAAGAUCUCUGAGGGCCCCAGCAGAGAGCAGAGCUCCCCAGGGAUGGAGGAGAGCGCCUCAGAGGGCCACCUGGACGCACCUGAGACAGGUCACCCCUACAUCUGCUCGCUGUGUGGAACCUUCUGCCCAGACUCCGUGUUUCUGGAGGAUCAUAUUAAACUGAUGCACCAAGACGCCGAUGAAGCCCAGGCCCCCAGGGGCCCCCAGUUCCUGUCAUUCGCUGAGCCUGCGGUGGAGGACGGCAGCGGGGACCCUGCAGGGAUCAGGAUGAGUGAGGUCAACCCGGGGUUCAGCGCCGCUGCCAGCAGGGGUCCCGGCGUGAAGAAGGAGAUCAAAACGGAGGGCGGUUACCAAUGCGGGGACUGCGGCCGCCAUUUUAACUACCUGGGCAACCUGCGGCAGCACCAGCGCAUCCACACCGGAGAGAAACCGUUCGCCUGUCCGGAAUGUGGCGAGAGGUUUCGCCACGCUGCUCGCUUGAAAAGUCACAGGCUGGUCCACAGCGGCGCCCAGAGCCCCUUCCCCUGUCCGCAGUGUGGGAAAGGUUUCUCCGUGCUCUCCGGCCUCAAAAGGCACCAGCGGGUGCACACCGGGGAGAGUCCGUACGCCUGUCCCGAGUGCGGCCGCUGCUUUAAGGAGCUGGGGAACCUGUACACCCACCAGCGGAUCCACAGCGGCGCCACACCCUACUGCUGCCAGCAAUGCGGACGCUGCUUCCGCCAUCUAGGGACGUAUAAGAGUCACCGCUGCUCCUCGGUGCCGUAGCCGCCGCUCCAGGACACCGGUCGGAACUUCAAGCCGUGGGAUGCUCUGGUAGCGCGUCCAGAGGUGAUGGUGGAGCGAAGCGUCCUGCAGACAUUAAAGACUUCCUGGGUUCCUUCCUUUAUAGACGGGAGACGUUCGGAAUGCUGAGAGGUUUCCGUCUGUGAUUAUGUUGGGAAUCUUUUAUUUAUGAUCUGUGUGAAAGAGCUAAUUUUAUGGAGGAAAUGCUAAUAAAUGUUUAAACCGGCCUUAGAUAUGACAGAUCUUCUCUGUUUACUUUCAGUCGUUUGUUAAAUGUAGCGAAACGUUCCCUGAUGCUCGCCUGCUGACAAACGAUGAGUCCUAAAUAAACCUGAUGAGACCAAGAGGAGUUUCUCCUGGGAACAAUUUUAUCUGUGAAAAUUGAUCUAAACAUGAGUAAAGAAAUUCAGCGUAUUUUGCCUUUAUUUGAGCAGGUAAGUGUCCUAGCCUCCAGAAUGCGAUCAGGAGAUACGGCCAUAUUUACGGAUAUGAGAAUUUUUCUAUCCGUGUUUAGAAACAGCGAUACUGAAGGUGAGUUAGUUGCCAGAGCGAUUCGUAAAGAACGAAGAGGCUACGUUCACGCUGCAGACCUUCAUGCUCAAUAAUCUUUCUGUGAAAUCGGAUUCUUCUGCGUGGUUAUUUCCUAAUAAAUGCGAUCUCUUGUGUGAACUGAAUUCUUGCAACUUAACACCCUAUUUACGCUAGCCUUUAGAAACCGUGCCGAGAACGAUCCGAGCAUGGUAACCAAGGUAACUGUCGCCUGUAAAUAAAUCGCAGCUGAACCGGACCCUACCAGACCUA